CCACCUUGUAUACUCGUAUAUUCGCCUUGGCUAACGUAAUACUUAUAUUACCAAGCAAAAUGAUAAUAUACGCAGAUAGCAAAGAUAAGUUAAACUUGUUUUGUGGGCAGAUAAAAUUUAAACGCGUCAACAUCCGCAGCCAAAAAUAAACAUAACUUUUUAAAAUUAAAGUACUUGAGUAGCAUUUAACUUUUAGUACAUAUACGACAGUCCGGCAGCAAACUCGUUUUAGUCAAACGGUCGGCGCGUUAAAUCAUUGCGCUAAAAAGUGCACGUAUAGUCGGUGAUAAAUAUUUAAAGCUUCAGGACUCGCUACUUCAGGCCAGAAACAGUUUUAAAUACCGUUUCUUCGGUAGAGAGUUUACUUUUGCUUUUAACAAAUGGCCACAGUAGAUGGAAGACCGGCGCAAUAUGGGAUUUCUCUUAAAAAUUUACGAGAGCUCAUGGAGCAUCGCGGUAGGGAGGGCGUAGCUAAGCUAAGUGAACUUGGCGGUGUCAGCAAAUUAUGCGAUAAAUUAUAUACAUCAACAAACGAUGGUCUACGUGGGACAAGGACGGACAUUGAGCAUAGGCGUGAGACAUUCGGUUCUAAUGUUAUCCCACCGAAACCCCCAAAGACAUUUUUAACAUUAGUGUGGGAGGCGUUACAGGAUGUCACACUCAUUAUUUUAGAAGUAGCUGCGCUGGUUUCACUUGGUUUAUCAUUUUACAAACCCGCCGACGAGGAUGCACCUGUACUGCAAGAAGAAGACGAGCACCAUGGCUGGAUAGAAGGUCUAGCGAUUUUGAUCUCGGUCAUCGUUGUAGUAUUUGUGACAGCAUUCAAUGAUUAUUCGAAAGAACGUCAAUUUCGAGGCUUGCAAAAUCGUAUUGAAGGCGAGCACAAAUUUUCGAUUAUACGUGGUGGAGAAGUGUGCCAAAUAUCUGUUGGCGAUAUUGUAGUGGGUGAUAUUGCACAGAUAAAGUACGGUGACUUGUUACCAGCUGACGGUAUUCUUAUACAAAGUAAUGAUCUCAAGGUUGACGAGUCAUCAUUAACGGGCGAAUCAGAUCAUGUUAAGAAAGGUGUGGAUGUCGAUCCGAUGGUACUUUCGGGUACACACGUUAUGGAAGGUAGCGGAAAAAUGGUAGUCACGGCUGUUGGUGUAAACUCCCAAGCGGGUAUCAUAUUCACUUUACUGGGUGCAGCUGUUGACGAGCAGGACACUGAGCAGAAAAAACGAAAAAAAGGUGCUGAUGAUGGUCAAGGUCCAAUGAAAAAUGUGCAAGUGUCCCCACCACAAAAAGAUGCUAUCAAAUCUGAGUCCGAUGGUAAUCACGUUCAACAAGCUGCGUCACCGGUUGAAGCUGGCCACAAAAAGGAAAAGUCUGUGCUGCAAGCGAAAUUGACCAAAUUGGCUAUACAAAUUGGUUAUGCUGGUUCAGCAAUAGCACUUUUAACUGUAAUUAUAUUAGUUAUACAGUUUUGCGUAAAGACUUUUGUGAUUGAAGAGAAACCAUGGAAAAAUACUUAUGCAAAUAAUUUGGUCAAACACUUAAUUAUUGGCGUGACCGUACUAGUAGUGGCAGUUCCAGAAGGUUUGCCAUUAGCUGUAACUCUGUCGUUAGCAUAUUCCGUAAAGAAAAUGAUGAAGGAUAACAACUUGGUGAGGCAUUUGGAUGCUUGUGAAACUAUGGGUAAUGCCACUGCCAUUUGCUCAGAUAAAACUGGCACACUUACAACAAAUCGAAUGACUGUCGUACAAUCCUACAUCUGUGAGAAGUUAUGCAAAGUUCUACCGACGUUGAAGGACAUACCGCAACACGUGGGCAACUUAAUAACCAUGGGCAUUUCAGUUAAUUCAGCGUACACCUCCAACAUUAUGCCUGGCCAUAAUCCGGGUGACUUACCCAUACAAGUAGGCAAUAAAACCGAAUGUGCUUUAUUAGGAUUCGUGCAAGGUCUGGGGGUAAAAUAUCAGUCCAUACGAGAUGAAAUUACUGAGGAAAAAUUCACGCGUGUAUAUACAUUCAAUUCCGUACGCAAAAGUAUGGGUACUGUAAUACCUCGCCCAAAUGGUGGUUAUCGUCUCUUUUCAAAAGGAGCAUCAGAAAUUAUGCUUAAAAAAUGCGCUUACAUUUAUGGACAUGACGGCGUCUUGGAGAAAUUCACUUCUGACAUGCAAGAACGGAUGAUACGUGAAGUUAUCGAGCCAAUGGCUUGUGAUGGGCUACGAACUAUUUCUGUAGCUUAUCGUGAUUUCGUACCGGGACAAGCGGCAAUUAACGAAGUUCAUAUUGAUGGUGAACCGAAUUGGGAUGACGAAGAUAAUGUGAUGACCAACUUGACAUGCUUAUGCGUGGUAGGUAUUGAAGAUCCCGUCCGUCCAGAAGUUCCUGAUGCUAUACGUAAAUGUCAACGUGCUGGUAUAACUGUACGCAUGGUUACCGGUGAUAACAUCAAUACCGCGCGUUCAAUCGCUUCAAAAUGUGGCAUACUGCGCCCUAACGAUGAUUUUCUAAUAUUAGAAGGCAAGGAAUUUAAUCGUCGUAUUAGGGACAGCAACGGAGACGUACAACAACAUUUGCUCGAUAAAGUUUGGCCGAAGCUGCGUGUUUUGGCACGAUCGUCGCCUACCGACAAAUACACUCUUGUUAAAGGCAUUAUUGAUAGCAAAGUGAGCGAAAACCGCGAGGUAGUUGCUGUAACUGGUGAUGGUACGAAUGACGGUCCCGCAUUGAAAAAAGCUGAUGUGGGCUUUGCGAUGGGCAUUGCUGGCACGGACGUGGCUAAAGAAGCAUCGGAUAUUAUAUUGACCGAUGAUAAUUUCAGCAGUAUUGUAAAGGCGGUGAUGUGGGGGCGUAAUGUAUACGAUUCCAUUGCUAAAUUUUUGCAAUUUCAACUCACUGUCAACGUUGUUGCUGUAAUUGUGGCAUUUAUUGGUGCAUGUGCCGUGCAAGACUCGCCGCUCAAGGCUGUACAGAUGUUGUGGGUUAAUCUCAUUAUGGACACCCUUGCAUCUUUGGCAUUGGCCACAGAACUUCCUACACCUGAUUUAUUGUUGCGAAAACCCUACGGGCGUACGAAACCCUUAAUAUCACGCACAAUGAUGAAAAAUAUUUUAGGACAAGCUCUGUAUCAGUUGUUUAUAAUUUUCGGCUUGCUGUUUGUGGGAGAUCGGCUACUUGAUAUUGAAUCUGGUCGAGGUCAAGACCUUGGUGCUGGACCCACACAACACUUCACUAUAAUUUUCAAUGCGUUUGUUAUGAUGACUAUGUUUAAUGAGAUCAAUGCGAGAAAAAUCCAUGGACAGCGAAACGUUAUAGAAGGUCUGUUAACUAAUCCGAUAUUUUACACCAUAUGGAUCUUUACCAUGAUGGCCCAGGUCGUAAUUAUACAAUAUGGUGCAAUGGCUUUCUCCACAAAGGCAUUAUCUCUUGACCAAUGGCUAUGGUGCGUAUGCUUUGGUGUGGGUACGUUAGUUUGGGGACAAUUAAUCACUUCAGUGCCUACGAAAAAAUUGCCAAAAAUCUUAUCAUGGGGUCGUGGCCAGCCCGAGGAAUACACCGAUGCUAUACAGUUGGGAGAAUUAGAUUUUGAUUCAAUUGAUUCUGAUAAAAAGCCACGCGCUGGUAAGAUUCUUUGGAUAAGAGGAGUGUCACGACUGCAAACUCAAUUGCGCGUAACUCGUGCAUUCCACUCAACAUUAGAAGACUUGAACGAACGCCGUUCAGUGCAUAGCUUGCAUAGUUCGCGCAGUCCACGCAGCACGAUCCCCGGUUAAUGGUUCAUUUUAAUGGCCGUCCAACAACACGGCACUUGAAUGCCUUCUCCGAUGCUGCACAGUAAAUGCAUAAACAGCCACAAAAAUAAUUACAAACUGAGACACGAAUUUAAAAUACCAAGUCAACCAACGACAAACAUCAGAAAGCGCAAUAGCACUCCCGCUACGUAUAUAUACAUAUAUAUAACUACACAUACAGACAAACAUAAAUGAUACCGAUGACUUUUACAAUUCCGCGUACGCAAAAACCAAAAUAGCACAGGACAAUCGCGUUGAAAACGGCAGUGCAUACUCUUAUUGGUCCAAAAGUAGGCAACUAAAAUAUGCAGAAAAUUGUAUAAUUAAGGCAAAUUUGAUUAUAAGAUGGAUGACUUAAACAAAUAUAGUAUAUAAAUAAGUUAAAAAAUGCAAAAUAUUAUUAAGUUAAGUGCUUGAAUAUAAAAUAGUUAGCUUACUUUUCCAUUUUCGUAUUACUUUGCUGCACAUACAAUUAGAAAUGGAACUUUUGUAAUAGUCGAUUAAUUUGCGCUCAUUUUACUAUUGAUAAUAAGUUGAAUUGUGAACACAAGAACAGAAAAAAUUAAAAUGCUUUCUAAGAACUGUGAAAUGUUUAAAAUGAAGUUCAGAUUUUUAAAAGUCAAAA